AUCCUGACCAAACAUGUUGAAAAAGUUAAAUGUAUAUUGCACGGAGAAAGACAUCAUGGGAAAGACAGAAUCAGAAGACCUUCAGGCUGACUACACCACAGCAAUGAUUUCUGGUCUGCAGCAGUUGUACGAGUCCUCUCAGUACACUGAUGUAGAGAUCGAAGUUGAAAACAGGACUUUCCACUGUCAUCGACUUGUCUUGGCCGCCAUGUCGCCCUACUUCGAUGCCAUGUUUUCAUCGGGGAUGAUAGAAUCCCAAAAUCAUAAAGUCAAUAUUAAGAAUGUUCCAAGCUCUACAUUUGAUAUAAUACUUCAGUUUAUUUACAGUGGAACACUCGCCUUAAACGAAGAGAAUGUAGGCGAUGUGUUGCAAACUUCCGUUAUGAUGCAGAUAAAAUGUCUUAAAGAACGUUGUGAAGAGUUUAUGAUAUCGAAAGUUGACACAGAGAACUGUAUUGGCACGUGGAAGCUUGCUCAAGGUCACGGGUGCCAUUACUUGACUCAGAAAUCCUUUCGAUUCAUUCUGCAUUACUUCACUGAGGUCUGCCAGACUGAGGAUUUUAGAGCUCUGGAUGUGUUUGAAGUUAUCAGUAUUAUAAGUGACAAUGAUCUUAAUGUGAAAGAUGAGGAGAUCGUGAUUGAAACAGUAUUUGACUGGAUACAUGCUGACAUUGAUAAUCGAAAACAGCACAUCAAAACCUUGUUCGAACAUCUGAGACUUCCGCUUUUGCAACCAGAAUACCUACUUGAAGUUGUUGAACAAAACCCUUUAAUUCAAAAUGAGACAGAAUGCAGAGAAAUUUUGGAUGAAGCAAAGCGAUAUCAUCUUCUGCCUGCAAGGAGGCAAGAGUUUAUAUCUCCAAGGCUGGUUUAUAGAAAUUUAGGGGAUUUUGAGGAGGUCGUCGUCUGCAUUGGCGGAAGUAAUGAAAGAGAGCAGACGAGGAGAACAGUGAUGUGUUGCCGAAAUAACAAGAACUGGAACUAUCUAGAACCAUUACCUUACGAUCCGGGUGUUGAAUAUGCGACUUGUUCUUAUGGAAAUGCGAUAUUUGCGUCUGGUGGAAGCUCAAAUCUUAAAGGAAUGCUAUGCUAUCACAGUAAUCAAAACAUGUGGACACGGUGCCAGUCGAUGUUGCUAGGAAGAAGACGUCAUUCCAUGGAAGCUGUUGGGGAUUCUGUUUACGUUUUGGGAGGUUUUGAUGAUACAAAUGAAGAAGAGUUUCAAACGAUAUUAGCUAUAGAGAAAUUUAAGCUUUCUACCGGUGAAUGGGAAGAUUGUGGAUAUCUCAGUACACCAGUUCGAUCGGCUUCUUCUGCUGUAGACCGUGAAAAAAUAUUCUUAUUCGGUGGAGUAACAGGAGAAAACUUUGACACGAAGAUCGUCCAAUGCUUCGAUACUCGCAGAAAUACGUGCAGUGUCGUUUCCCAACUCCCAGUUUUUUGUCGUUUAUCGUCUGCUUUUGGAUAUCAAAGAAAAGUUGUCAUAAUAUGUCCUGAUGGGAAAAUAUUGUCAUUCGAUGAUGGAGCAGUUGAGGAUGUCGGAUGCAUUCCAGGAUUUGAGCGAUACAGUUUUGGAUCAGUACUCCAGGGUGAUUCAGUUAAUAUAUAUGGAGGUAUCAAGUCGUCUGAAGUAUUUAAUGACGUGAUUUGCUUCAAUUUAUCAAGCAAAACAGCUUCCUUAACUGGAACGUAUAUGCCAGAAAGACUGUUUGGAUUUGGUUGUGCAAAAUGUGUUAUUCAUAAAAAAUAUUUAAAUAAACCGGUGUGCAAAUAGAAACGUGUCUCUGGGUAUAUUGUUUUAUGUAUAAAACCUUAUGAAGCAUGCACAUUUACAAUUAUAUUAGACCGUCUAGUCUC